UUGUAGACAAAAUGCCAAGGUACGACGAUCGUUAUGGUGGUACUCGGCUCUACGUUGGGCGCCUGUCUUCACGGACGAGGUCCCGUGAUCUGGAUGACUUGUUCGGUCGUUAUGGAAGGUUUUUUGGCUUAUGUCAAACCUGGAGGUCUAUGGUGAGAGGGUUCCCUUGGUGGAUUUGGCGAGUCUUUCUAUUAUGUUAUUGCCUGUUUUUAUGGAAAUGCCAAGAAUCUCAGAAUGGUGUUUAGUUCAUCUAUGAGGGGCGAGGUGUCAACCCUUUGAUACUUGUAUCAAAUGAUGGCCUUACCUGUUUCUGGAACCAAUUUGCGCAGAGUACGCGAUGUGGAUAUGAAGCGAGACUAUGCAUUUGUUGAGUUUAGUGAUCCUCGGGAUGCUGACGAUGCAAGAUAUAGUUUAAAUGGGAGGGAUGUUCAAGGAAGUAGAAUCAUUGUGGAAAUAGCUAAAGGGGUACCCCGUGGUCCUGGUGGAUCUCGUGAAUCUCUUGGUCGAGGCCCUCCUGGAACUGGGCGAUGUUUUAACUGUGGGAUAGAUGGCCACUGGGCUAGAGAUUGCAAGGCUGGAGACUGGAAAAAUAAGUGCUAUCGCUGUGGUGAACGGGGUCACAUAGAGAAGAAUUGCCAGAACAGUCCUAAGAAAUUGAAACGUGGAAGUUACUCACGUUCACCCAGUCCUCGCCAUGGUAGAAGCCGCAGUCGUAGUUACAGCAGAGGUCAUAGCUACAGUCGUUCUAGAUCACCCGUGAAAAGAGAGAGAAGCCUUGAACGAUCAGAUAAAAGAUCAAGGAGUCCGAGAGGCAGGUCAAGCCCAAAGAGGCACAGUUUGUCACCUCCUCCUUCGAAAGCUAUGAAACGUAGCCCCACACCUGAUGAGAGGAGUCCAGAAGAAGCAAAACACAGUCUGUCCCCUGGAAAUCGCGCCAGUCCAAGAGGAGGUAGGAGCAGCAGGAGUCCGAGAGGUAGGAGCAGCAGGAGUCCGGGAGGUAGGAGCAGGAGCAUAAGUCCAAGAGGUAGGAGCAGCAUAAGUCCAAGAGGUAGGAGCAGAAGUCCCAGAGGUAGGAGCAGAAGUCCCAGAGGUAGAAGCAGGAGUCCAAUAGAUAGAAGCAGGAGUCCAAUGGAUGAAGGCGAGGAGGACUUCAAUGGUGGUGGAAGUAGGAAUUAUCGGAGGGAAGAAAAUGGCUACAGUCGCAGCCCCAGUCCAUUGCCCAGAGAAGAAGCGAGUCCUGUAAACGAUGAAGAUAAUAAUGGUUCUCCAAGGGGGGGCAGCGAGUCUGCUUAAUAAACAGUUCAUUAUUCUGCGUUUGCGUUGGAAUAUGAUAAAUGACUUGUGCCUAAGAGAGACUUCUAAAAUAGAAUUGUACUGUGAUUUUGAAUCCCAUCUCAAAUGUUCAUUGGCACCACAUUUUUCGCCUA